CCACAAGUCUGUACGCCCAAGCAGCAACAGCCUAGUCACGCACGAAUCCAGCAGGCCAGUAGAAGCCUCAGUGGCUUGAGAUUAGAGCUGAUUCCGCGCCAUCAACUGACCUUAACCGUUUCGGGCAUCAGCAGCAACGAUUGGAACUGGAUUGCGCACUAAAUUGUACUGACUGGAUAACUGAUCACACUUAAUGGGGCGUCGAACCGAGCAAACGGUCCGAAUGGGUGGCGUGCAUAAUUAGCCAACACCACCAGCAACUUGUUUUCUGAGGUGGACACCAGUAAACAGUAAACAGUAAACAAACUGCCAUGGCUCGACCAGAAUUUCAGUGCACAGAGUUUUGGGUGUGCAAUUAAACCAGUUACAAAAGCUGACCCGCUUAGCCUGCUGAGUGGCGGGCUGGAUUAGAAAGACAUGGACCCGCAAUUCGGCGCGCAUGUGCAGUAUCCGCUUGGUCUUUAAGUGGAGCAGUUGUCGCGAAAGUGAAAGGAUUACGACAUGGAGCGUUGGAUUGUCUUCGGUGUCUGCUGUUGCUGGUGGCUGGCAGCAUCCGCCCAGGCCUUGGAAAGUGUCUUCUCAGCCUAUAACCUGGAGCUGGAGUUCCCAUCGCUCCAGGAAAGGGAGCGAGCGCUGAAGGAGGGGCUAUACGAUCCUGGAAGCGUAAUCCCCAUCGAUGUGGACGUCUACUACAAGCAUGGCGAUGCCACGCCCUCGAUAUUUGUGACCAUUCCGCGUUUCGCCAAGGGCGUUCCAUACUCUCUGGCCUAUGUCACAAACGAAAUGCGACCGAACGGAACUCUCCUGCAGGCGUAUCCCAGCUACGAGUGGCACAAAUCCCACGGAGCCGAUUGCAAUGGCUUGACUUCGGUCUACCGCACCCAGAUAGACGAGUGCGGGCGCAUGUGGAUCCUGGACAGCGGGGAGAUCGACUUCAUUCAGCACUGCCCGCCGCAGCUGUACGCCAUUGACUUGGAGAGCGGUAAAGUUGUGCAUCAGUACAAGAUGCCAAAGCGAAUGUACAAGGAGGGCGUGAGUCGCUUUGUCACGCCCACCGUGGAGCUGGAUCCGCACAACUGCGAUGUGGGAUUUGUGUAUAUGGCGGACUCCAUCGGAGAUGGCAUUGUGGUGUAUGACGUGGCAGCCCAGCAGUCAUGGCGAAUUGAGAACAAGUUUACGUAUCCCCAUCCAGACUUCGGCACAUUCACGAUAGCAGGCGAGAGCUUCCAGCUGUGGGAUGGCACGGUGUCUACCACUCUAACUCCCCACGGUUUGGGGGGCCGGCGGAUGAUGUACUUCCACUCGCUGUCCAGCGAGUGGCAAAUGGCCAUUCCGCUGGAUGUGGUUAACAACGGCAGCAACUGGCGCCUAAACGAUGUGAGCGCUGCCCUGGAUCAGUUCCAGUUGCUGGGCAAGCGGGGAAGUCAAUGCGUUGCGGCGGCCAUGAGCGAGUCCGGCUUUCUGAUUUGCGGUCUGGUUCAGCCGGCCAGCAUUUUGGCCUGGAACAUCCGCACUAGCUACAGCCAUCAGAAUCUGGUCAUGCUGGUGGAGGAUGAGCAGCGCUUGCAGUUCGCCAGCGGCCUAAAGAUAGUGCGGAAUCACGAGGGCAAAGAGGAGCUGUGGGUGCUGUCAAAUCGGCUGCAGAAAGCCUUCGGAGCAGGUCUGGACUACAAGGAGAUCAACUUUCGCAUACAAAAGUGUGGCGUUCAGGAGCUGCUCAGCGGCAGGACUUGCUAUUAAGUUGCUUUCUCUUGCUGCUCAAUAAAGCUAAGAGCCAAUGAUGAAAUGA